GACACAGACAUUGGGCCACAACGGCGGCGACCACCUAGCAACAGACAGAAGCACACCUGUGUCACACGACAAAGCUGGUUGCACGUAGCGCACGGUCAUCUUGCACAAGGGAUCAUGAUCCAGAGAUUAGCCGCCGCAGUCAGCAACAACCACCCAUUCGUCACCGCACCUCUUCGUACUCGGGCCACCGUAGUCCUGGCUUAGAUCGCGUCCGGAGCCUUGCAUGUUUGGCGAGAAGAUCUCCGAGAGUCCUCGGGUGCCUUCGCCAUGGGGAGCCCCGCGUAGGUCGAGCGCGACCCCCCCUCGACAGGCGGCGCCCCGUGCCUCGUCUUCCCAGGCACGCAAGUCAUCUUCUUCCUCUUCGCCCAGCUCUGUGUCUCCCCUACGAGCCUCUCCUCAGCUGCCGUCGGGCUCCUCACCGCUCGCUGGUCCGGCUCUGUGCGCUAUCCCAAGCGUGGAUCCCACAUCCGAAGAUUCGUCCGCCGGCCUUUUCUCCCUCGAUCCGACCACGUCUUCGUCCAGGGAGGACCUCACCGCGGCUCACGCUGCUCCUGCCCCUGCCAUUGCUAUCUCACCUUCGAAUGGCGCUGGAGGGUCGCUCUCGGCCCGCUUGCGCCCAGAGCCCGACGAGAUGGGCAACCUCGAGUACAAGCUGCGCAUGCUGCCCACCACCAGGCACCGGUACGACCGGCUGCUGACGCAGCUCAAAUGGCGUCUGCUCCAGGGCGGCGGCGUGUGCACAUACGAGAUUGGCGUUCUCGACGAUGGCCGUUGUGUGGGCAUCUGCGAGGCAGAGAUGAGGACCAGCCUUGAGGUGCUUGGGGCCCUUGCCGCCGAGCUCGACGCCAGCGUCAGGAUCCGGCGCGCCUUUGCCGUUGAGGCUGUCGACCAGGAUGUUGAAUAUCCGGCCGCCUCCGCUGCGGCCAGUGGCAGGGACAACGAGGAGGCCACAAGUCUGCGGGGCCUCUCGAACGAGCAAGUCAGGCAAAGGCUCCUGCGCUAUGCGGCGGACAUGGAUCUGUCGGGUUGCGCCGGCGCGUGCCUCAUAGGAAGGGAGAUGGGAGCUGGUCAAGCCACAACAGAGGGCAGAGGUCCUUUCAGCGUCUUCAUCGCUUCUCGCCCAGUCACAGAUGAAGGCCCUUCUUCUCGGACAUUCAAUGUCGACGUGGACAUUGAGUUGGAGCAGGACGAUGAUGCCGUCUCGGGGCAAGCAGCGCCUUCCGUGGAUGUGAACCUGUCCAAUGAAGGCUCUUCGCGCUUCGACGGUCAGAAUGAGGAAAUGUUUGGAGAAGUGUUCCAUCCCGACGAUGAUGGCUUGGCCGACUUUACCUUUUCGCUCAGCCUCGAUGAACGCGAGACUCGCGACGGUGUGGGCUACCGACGGCCGCCAAAGAAAAAGCAGCAGCAACAGCAGCAGCAGCAAAAGGAUCGCGACAUGGAGGCAAGAAUGCUGGGGCUCGCUGAGCACGAUCAGGGUGGCUCCUCACCGUCUGGAGGGGCAGAGGCGCCUGUGGUCGACCAACAUGUGCCUAUCCGACCAACGGCAGUCCUCAAGCAGUCAGUCAGCGACACAGCAGUCGAGCAAGGCGCCCUGCAGCCCUCGGACGAUGCGGUCGACGCUGCGCAGCAUGCGGCCGCUUCCAAGCAAGCCGAGGCUAGGAAGGGAUGCCAGCGAGUCAUUGUAGAGGCCGUCGUGCUCCGAACAGUGGCCGAAGACGCAUACAUCGACUAUGCCUCUCUGUGACUUCUGUCUUUGUCGACGUCUGUCAGACGACUCACUCCUUUAUGUAUCUUGCAUCACAGUCCGCUCUCGCUCUUCAUAGUCAAGACAAUCGCAUGCACGUAGCUAAUCAAGAAUAUCAUGCCUU